GUCACUCCCAGUGAAGACGUUUUGUGUCAUUAACUCCAUUUUCUAUUGGCCGCUUUUUAACAUACAACCGAUCACUUCCGCUUUGACACAGCCGUGAGGUCACUUCCGCUACACAUCCGUCUUUCUCCACCGUGAAUAACAGGUUGACAGCAAGCAGUCAAACAACAUGGCCAGCGACGCGAUCGACAACAUCACCAAGGUUCUGGUGCAGUCUGCCAAGUUGGCGGAGGACCAGGUGGAUGCAGAGUUGACCAAACUAAACCAAAUGGAUGAAGACGACUUUGAAAGAAUGAGGGAAAGACGAUUAGAGGCGUUAAAGAAAGCCCAGAAACAGAAGCAGGAGUGGCUAUCUAAAGGUCACGGAGAGUAUCGGGAAAUCCCGAGUGAGAAGGAAUUCUUCAGUGAGGUCAAGGAGAGCAAGAACGUUGUCUGCCAUUUCUACAAAAAUUCCACCUUCAGAUGUAAGAUCCUGGACAAACACUUGGCCAUUCUGGCAAAGAAGCAUGUGGAGACCAAAUUCAUCAAACUCAAUGUGGAAAAGGCGCCCUUCCUCACAGAGCGCCUGCGCAUUAAAAUCAUCCCCACCCUGGCGCUGCUCAUUGACGGGAAGUCAAAGGACUACGUGGUCGGCUUCGCAGACCUGGGAAACACAGAUGAGUUUAGCACAGAAGUGCUGGAGUGGCGACUUGGCUGUGCCAGUGUAAUCAAUUACAGUGGUAACCUGAUGGAGCCGCCCACAGUCACACACUCCAAGUUCACCAAGGUGGAGAAGAAAACUAUCAGAGGGCGGGGCUACGACACAGACUCUGAUGAAGAGGAUGACUGAGGAAAACCUGACGCAUGUCAGGUUUUACCCUCUCUGGGCUACCUCGUUUUUAUAUUCACUAGUCAGCCCUCGAGCCUCCAUGUUGGAUGACUGCUUAGUUUCUUUGGUGAUACAAUGUCUACUUACAUACUUUCAUAAUCAGAUAACAGGAGUAUUUUUGUUAGGUGGAAGACAGCAUAGCUCAUUAAUACUGAGCUACUCUCUGACAUGAAUUAGUGUCUUUGUUAGUCUAAUAAGUUAAAUUCCUCUGGGCAUCCAUCUUUAAAAAUAUGUUUUACUCAUUUCCAUGUAACAAAAAUGUGACCAUUGGAGACAAAUUAAAACAUUUGAAUACAAA